CAAUAUUUUUAAUUUUUAUUCAAAUUCCAAACCAACUAUCAAGUCCUAACUCUAUUUUUUCAUGUCUUGUUGAAUGUCGAACGCGGCGAGAUAAGAUAUUAGAACUUUUCGAGUUAACAUUAGUUUGGGUUACAUAAAAACAAGAACGUUUGUUUUGUAUAAGUUAGGUGUUUAAAUUAAUCCGCUGAAAUAUUUGUAUAUGUGCCAUAUUUAAAUGAAUUUCGUAGUGUAGUGAUUAUUUCACGAAGUUCGCCAUUGUCGUUCAAUUGUGACUAGAUUUAUUAGUUUUUUUAUUAAAAUAUACACAAGUGUUAUUACUUUGUGGUUAACGGAUUCUUAAUUUUGAAUAAAAUCUACGACAGAACCUUUACAGGCAAAUUAAUUGGUAAGUAGGCUGUGCCUUCCAGCUCGAAGGUAUUAUUUCGCCAUAGGCUUCGCAACGAACAAAGCAAUAAGGUGAAUGCUGGAACUCUACGUGCAGAGAGGAUCCGCGCCGCCAAGCCGCCACAUUACAAGGCGGCGCGGCUGAUAAGCCAUAGGUGUGAAUGUGCCCUGGAUUCAAACGGAGGAACAAAAGAGUGGCGGGAGCGGCACAAUAAUGGACGACGGGGGCAGCAAUAAGCAGCGGCAAGCGACGCGUGUCUUCAAGAAGAGUUCGCCCAAUGGAAAGAUCACAGUAUAUUUAGGGAAAAGAGACUUCGUUGAUCACAUCACACAUGUCGACCCAAUUGAUGGAGUGGUCCUAAUCGACCCUGAGUAUGUGAAGGAUAGGAAGGUGUUUGGUCACGUGCUAGCGGCGUUCCGGUACGGUAGGGAGGACCUUGACGUACUAGGUCUCACCUUCAGGAAGGAUCUCUACUUAGCUGCUGAGCAGAUCUACCCACCGACGAACGUACAAAAGCGUCCAUUAACGCGACUACAAGAACGUUUAGUACGCAAGCUGGGUCCGUCUGCACAUCCCUUCUACUUCGAGCUACCUCCUCAUUGUCCAGCCUCUGUGACUCUUCAACCAGCUCCUGGGGAUACGGGCAAGCCGUGUGGGGUAGAUUAUGAGUUGAAGGCUUUCGUCGCUGACUCACAAGAUGAUAAACCACAUAAAAGAAAUUCAGUGCGGUUGGCAAUUAGAAAGAUAAUGUAUGCGCCGAGUAAGCAAGGGGAGCAGCCGUCCGUUGAGGUUUCCAAGGAAUUUAUGAUGAGCCCGAACAAAUUGUACCUAGAAGCUUCAUUAGACAAGGAGUUAUAUCACCACGGCGAGAAUAUAGCAGUGAACGUACACAUAGCGAACAACUCGAAUCGUUCGGUGAAACGGAUCAAGGUGUCUGUGCGUCAGUUUGCGGACAUUUGUCUGUUCUCCACUGCGCAGUAUAAGUGCACUGUAGCAGAAGCCGAGAGCGAAGAGGGCUGUCCAGUGGGUCCAGGGUUUACGCUGAGCAAGGUUUUCACGUUGACUCCACUCCUGGCAAACAACAAGGAUAAAUGGGGUCUAGCACUCGACGGACAGUUAAAGCAUGAGGACACCAACCUGGCUUCCAGUACGCUAAUAGCGGAUCCCGCGCAACGCGAAAAUCUCGGUAUUAUUGUACAGUACAAAGUAAAGGUUAAACUCUGCUUGGGGCCACUUGGAGGGGACCUUAGCGCAGAGCUACCCUUCAUCCUGAUGCAUCCGAAGCCCGAAGAGGAGCCUCCCCGUUUAGCUCAAGAUCCCACACCCGCUGAUCAUGACCUUAUACAGCUUGACCCUCAACCUAGAAAUGAAAACGGCCAAGAUCAAGACGACGAUAUAAUUUUCGAAGACUUCGCUCGACUCAGGCUGAAAGGGGCUGAUGCCGAUGCCUGAACCUUAUACUAACUUUGCUCUCUUGUCUACAUUAUUUUACUUAUUUCACGCACAACUGCAAUGUUGUAUUAAAUUCCCCUUACUUAUAAAUUCUCUGUUAUAUUGUUUGAAAUCCUUUUUAAAAAUCAUAUUCUUAUAAGUAAAGGGAUAUAAUGACUUAAUGCAUUACUAUUCUUUAAAUUUAGUCUAUGACAUUAUUAAAUUCUCGGUGAAUGUCAUAAUGACUUUAUCGCUUUGUCUUUAAGUAUGUUAUAAUGCAUAAUCGUUUAGUGUAGUCUAAUUGACUUGGUUAUAGAUAUAAAUUUGGUGUUCGAAUGUAAACAGAUAAAAUAUUAUACAAAUAUGUUAUCUGUGCUAUGCCUAAAAUAAAAUAAAAAUGUGUUUAUGAGUAUUUUAUUACCUACAUGAAAUUUUACGCACUUUUUGUGGUUUUAGCGUCGUAGAGUUAAAAUAAUGUGGUAAGGGAGCAUUUUGUAUAACCAAGCAAAAACUGUACAGUGUACAGUCACAAUAUAUUAAUAUGAAGAUUUAUUUUUAUCGGGGUGGACAUUAAAUUACCAAAAAUAUUUUAAUUCCGCACAUAGGUAUUAUAAUUUAGCUUUAUAACGAGUACAAUUUUAUUUGUUAAUUUAAAAUAUUGGCCAUUGUUUUUAUAUAGUUGUAGUAAUGUUUUGGUAAUGUGCAUUUAAUAGAUUAAAUUUACCUCAAUGUUUACUUUAUGUAUAGAUAAUGUGUAAUGAACAAAAAGAUUAUUCACGCUCAAAAUCUCGUUUAGAAACUAAAUCACGCCACAGAUAUACUAUUUUUUUUAACCACAGAGACGAAUCAAUCAUCAUCGGUAAUUUAGAAAACUUAAAGUAAAUUUAUAUUAUUGACAUCAUUAUGUAUAUGAUACGAGAGAACGAUUUUGAUGAAACAUGGACUGUUCCUUAGUCGCAAUGUUUUUGUAAUCACGGAUCUUCUUGAUAUGUCUCAGCAAUUACAGCCAAUAUGACAUUCCAAUACGACAUUUUAGUCAAAAUAAUCUUUUAAAGCUGUAUUUAGCUUUAGCAUUCGUCUCUUUCUAUAUUGUGAAAACUGCGAUGACAUCUUAAAUUAGUGAAAUAAUAUUGAUUUAGUUUGUAAAUAAGAAAGAAUUCAUAAAUAUUAAUUGUGUCAGGUGAAAUCGCAACUUAAACAACCGUUCAAAUAUCGCAACGAAAGUCUUGUACAGUCACAAAUUAAUCAGUUUCAUUUCGAUAAUUUUUCAGCAUUAAAAUAAGUGCACAAAUUUUAAGCAUCCUUAAAUUGUGUCGUUACCUUGGUAGUCAAUUACAUUUGCAAUGAAGUCCGCGCUGAAUGAAAACAAAAGCAGCUGAUUUGCACUUUGAAUUUUGGAUAAACGUUUUUAUAUUUAAUUCUCGUGCAAACUACAAAUUUGGUACAACAAUACACGAAAGUUAAAUGUAGAAUUUUGUUUUUUAUGGCAACCCCGCGCGGAAUUGCCAGAAGUAAAAUUGUGUAUUUCCUUUUCUGUAGUAAUUAUAAUAAUUUAUACAUAAUGAUAGUUAAAAAUAGUUAAAUGUGAAUUGAACUUAUGAUGUAAGUGAUAAAGAAACAUAUUAUUGUCAGUAUAUUGGUAUAAUGAAUGUCGUAAAGAUAUACGCAUUAGUUACGAUUAUCUUGUUGCUCUGAAGUUGGUACUUUCAAGUGAUCAAUUCAAAUUUGUUUCAAAUAUUUAUGUUGGAUAUAAAACCAGUCAACUAUCGCAGUUUGUGUUUCUGUGAAACAUAUUACAUGCAGUCGUACAAGGAUUUUUUGGCAGUGGAAGCAUGGAUUAUGCAAGGUGUUGCGAUUAAAAAUAAACCUUUUUUCUGUAGAGAUUGGGAUUUUAUUAGCGAGAACAAGUCAGACCACAUGCCAAAAUAAAUUUGUAGCACUGCACUGCUGACAUUUGUCUUAAUUGUCAUAUUAAUGUGUCGCUAACUUCAGAGCAUAAUAUUUUAAGACUCUGUUAUCUAAUUGGAACUAUUGGGUGUUGUGCAACAAGAAACAUUUGAAUUAUAUAUACAUAUAUAUCAGAGGCUUUUAACAUUUAUUUUAUAAAUGUACAGUUGAUAAAAAUUUACUUUAAAUUUUCACUUUCAUAAUGUGUAUUUGAAUUAUUAUAUAAAUGUGUUGCAUUGGCAAUGUACAAAAUAUUAUAUUACUAUGUAGCUAAGGAUAUACAUUAUACCUAUUAAUAUAAUAUUUACUUACGUUAAAAGUGUAUUUCGCAACAAUGCAAAACAAUGUUGUUGGAUUGAAUUAAAAUACCUUAUAAUUUUUCAUCGAAAACUUUUUGAUGUACCUUU